UUAAAUGCAUUUAUUUAUAUACCUUCGUAUUCAUUCCAAAUUUCUAUUUAAGCUAUUAAAAAAAAAAAAAUUAGUUUCUAAAGGCAUUUAUUCGGUCAUGCAGGACGUUCGAAACGCACUGGAAUCAUAUCGGCAACGUUUGGAUUGUACAAUGAAUGCUGUGCGAACGCAUAUCAAACAUUUUAUCGGUUCCAAUCCUUUGCUGGAAUCCACAUCAUGUACAGAUCCCGUAAAAAAUCUUAAAAAUCCAUCGAAACAAAUAAGCCGUAAUAUUAUUAAAACUCCCCAAAUAGUAUUAAAUUUAACCGAAACCGAUAGGCAUCAAACACAAAUUAGAUCACGGUCCUCUUCGCCAUUUUGGAUAAAAGGUGAGACAUCCACGUAUUCAGAAGUCGUUAAAACCGGUUGUGUAUUAUCAAGAAAGAACAGUAGGAGCCCGACUCCGGAAUUGAAGCAAAUCGACAUUGUGGGUGGAGCACGUAUGAGUAGAAAGUCAAGUUUCAAUAAUUUACUCAAAACGCCACUAUUGAUGAGAGACAGAAGUAAAUCACCGAAAGAUAGAUGGCAAUCGAAGGAUAUAGAAAAAAACACCAUUUUACGCGUAUCGCCGCAGCAGAAAUCGUCGUCUUCAGCGAUUACUGAGAAUGAACAAACAAAGGAAGACGACUCAAAUUACGAUAACCUCGCACCACCAAGUGCUAGAUCCGUUAAACGACGAUCUCGUUCCAGGAAGAACCGAAAUAUAAGUGAGAAAGACUCCGGAAACAAAUCAGACGCCAAUGGUGAAUCCCCAGUAAACAUCAAAGAAACAGUUACACCCUUAAGCCAUGCAAUAGACACCUCGAGUUCGUCAUCGACAAAGAAACCGGAAAUCGUCGUUUCAGACGUAAAAAUCCGACGGAACAGCAAAGAUAACCUUCAAUCUGAGAACUUGGCUACUCAAAUUUCUGCCACAUGUAACCCGGUGAUUCGCGGUGGUAACUGGGAACUAUUGACUGUAGCUAAUGCUGCUGAGGACAUUGGUGACUUUUCAAAAUCCCGACGAUCGUUGGACGGUGUCUUAGGUAACACUAGAUGCUCAGACAGUUGUUUCGAUCUUAAUGAACGAUUAAAAGGGAUAUUUGGUUCAGUUAACCAGAAACACUACAGGCAUCACCGUGUUAUCGAUCGUCCGCGAUCUAAAUCCGAUACUCGUGAUUUGAACGAACUCACGCAGAUAUUUACCAACCCCAAUACUGAUGAAAAAAAUAAGUACACGUGCCGUUUCGAACGUAGUGCCGGAUCGGUAAAAACCCAUCUCAAUAGGGAUUCUUCUUCGGGUAGACGUUCUAUUGAUAAUACUAUCUUAUCCCCCUUUGGAAACACGCAAAUGCAACGGCUAUCAGACGGAACUACUGACAUGGAACACGACGAGUCUACUAUCAAAUCACAUUUACAAGCACUAAGCGAUGAGAGUAUACCAUUAGAAUUAGCAAUGAAACCAUUUAUGAUAUUUGAUGAAGGGCAUACUGCAUUACAAGAAUUAACUUCAACACAAACUUUGAUCACUUCAUUAAUCACUGAUGAUAGUGAUCAAUCACAAACUAAGGCAAUCAAAGAACUGAAAACAUGUGUAGAACAAUAUGAACAAAUUUUAAUUGAAUUAGAAACUAAUGAGGAUAAAGAUGAAUUAUAUGAUUUAAGUACCAAAAUCAUAAAAUUAAAAGAAAUUAUAACUAGAUACAAAUCUUACGAAGAAAUAGAAGAAUUUCAAAUACUAAUUGUUCAUCUCAGAACCAUCGUUGAAAAACUUGGGAAUUUAGAAAUUAACAGAAAUAACAUAGUCACUCAGAAGAAAUUAAAAGAUGCUGACGAUAUCAUAUGUUAUUAUGAAAAUUGGUUAUUAAAAACUGAAAAUGAUGGUCCCAAAUAUGUGGAUGAUAUUGAAGAAAAAAUUAUUCAAUUAAAGGAUAAAUUACAUCAACUUAAAACAUACGAAGAUAAUGUUGAAUAUGAGACACGUGUUUUAAAAUUUCAAUAUAUAAUUGAAAAACUUGGAACUAUUAAAGAUAACUUUACAAAAUUAAAUCAAAAGGACACAAAGUACAAUGUUGAAAGCACGAUUAUAUCAACUGAAUUAUCUUGCAUGAAUUCGCCUAAAGAUUUGUAUAAUACUAGUGUAGAAAGCAUGACAAUUCCAAAAUUAAAUUAUUCAUUAAACCACCCAAAAAUAGGAUUACAGUCACAAGAAAAAUAUUGUGCUAUCGCCCCGAGUAUAAUAAAAAACGUUGAAAGAGAGAAUGAAAUAAACACAAUUAGUACGCUAAAAGAUAGUGAAGUUUUGAGAAGUCCAAAGUUAGUGAGGAAAAUGAAUCAAGCAUUACGAGAUGAAUAUAAGAAUGAUAAAAUUGAAAUUAAUGUUGAUAGUAUUAAAAUAUUAGGCUCUCUGGAACAGACUGGAGAAAACUUAAAUCGUUUUGAAAUUGAUAAGCCAUUGGAGAAAACAAUAGAUGUAAAUACACAAUUUCAAUCUGAAAAAAUACAUUAUGAUAUACAAAAAGCAGAAUCACCAGAAAAAAAAGAAGAGAAAAAAUCUAAAGGUUUUCUACGAUUUAAAAUGCCAAAUAUAUUUAUGAAAAAAUCAAAACAAGGUGAAAUCGACAAUGAAAGUAUAGUAUGCGAUACACCGGAACAAAAUGUAGACAUUGAAAGUGAUAAUGUCAAACUACUAAUGUAUAAAAGGAUGAGCAGUAUAAGUAAUGAUAACAACAUUUUACAACAAAAUGAAAACCAAUUGAAUAGUGAAAAUAAUAAAAAUUAUGAAAAAGAUAAUAAUCAAAAAACCCAAGAUAAAGACUUAUCUUAUAUAAAGGAAGAUAAUAGUACUACACUUACGAGUAUCAAUGAUAAAGUGGCACGGAUAAUUGAACAAAACAAAUUAAAAUAUCCAAGCGAUAAAACGAUUCAUCAAGUUGAAAUAUUAAAAAAGAAUCAACUGAAUACACAAAAUUCUAAUUUUCCGAUUACACCUGAUACACAAAUUAUCAUAAGUGAUCCCGAUGUAAUAAUAAACUCCCGCAAAACAGUUAGACACAUAAUAGUAAUUGACGGGAAAGAAAUUAUAAUGGAAGAUAUUAUUGAUGAACCAAAAACUGGUGAACCCAUUAAAAAUAUUUUGAGAAAAAUAACCAAGGAUGGUCAAGAAGAAGUUGAAAAUAUUAGUGAUCCAGAAAAAAUUGAAAAUAUGUUACGGUUGUCUGAAACCAACGAUAACGUAGAGAAUACAUGUGUAACUAUCACAAAAACAAGUAAAACAAUUUUAAGUGAUAAUAAUAUUAAUGAAAAAGAGUAUGUUGUUGGAGAAAAAGUAGAUAGACCUAUCAUUAAUGAUAUGACUGAAAAAUUUAUUAGAAACACAUUCAAAGACGACAAUGAACUAGACAAAGUGGUUAAAAAUCCGGAUAAAAUAAAAAAAUUGAAUGCUUCUCAGGAAAUAAAAAACGAUUUCAUGACUGAAAGUAAAGUAACAACCACUAAAAUCCAAAAAAUAAUAAAGCGAAAAAUAGUCGAUGGAAAAGACAUUAUAGAUGAAGAAUAUAACAAGACUACAAACGAAGAAUUUUAA